AUGAUAUCCAAUGGGCUUCUUCAAGGUGGCAGAGUUAUGUUGACCACUUUUUAUCUACUGUUGAUCGUCAUAACGAUUCCCAUCUCAUUUCAAGUUGGAGGAUUGUACUGCGGACUUUCGUUUACAGUCACGCUGUUCAACCUGUAUUUGGUUACUACAACGCUCAGAAUUAUGUUCGGAGACCGAGGGAUUGCAAAACUGACAUCUGUGGCGUACUACGCUCAACAUUUUUUCAUCCCAUCACUGUUGUUUUUGUUCCUGCUUGGAUUUUCACACGAUGAUCUGAAAAAACAAAUCGACGCCAAUACAAGACCGGACGAAUCUCUCAUCAACGUGCUACGCAGAUCUCCAAAAAAUCAAUCGUGGAUUUUCUACUAUUACUACUACCAGUAUGUGGUUAGACCCUGGCAGUACAUGCUGGUGAGGUCGACGCCCUACUUUACGCUUUUGGAGGGUUUUUUCACCGUUCUAGGAAUCCAAGCGGUGGGGGAAACCAAUAGGUGGCUUUCUCGCACGCAACAGGGUUCCAAUUGGUGGGUGAUCACGGGUCUCAUGACCUCAGGCGGCGUUAUCACCGCUUCGCUGUAUUAUCUCUACAGGAUUUAUGUUACACCGAUUUGGGAGCUUGAUGCGAAAACCGCUUCGUUGCUUGGAUUCACGUUUUCUAUCGUUUGUGGACUUGGAGUAUUUGGAAUUGUUUCUGGACGCGGUUCAACCAUCGAAUCAUCACUGUUCUUCGCAUACAUUGUGCGGUGCCUGUAUGAGAUUUCACCACAACUAGCGACCAGUGCAAUGGAUGAGAUUUUUCAUUUGGUCAAGGAAACAUGGCAGAAUCAAAAUCACACAUUUAAGUCCCCCGAUAGCUUGGCCUUUUUCCGCGAUCGCAUCUUAUCCAACGGGGAAAUGAUUUGGGACAGUAUUUUGGAAAGAACCACUCACGUCACAGGCACAUCUGCGUCUGACUCUGCUCUACUUGCCCUAAAGCGUCUCUGGCGUCAUUUGAAGCCCGCAUGGAGGUUUCUCAAAUAUUUCACUUCAAGUGUACCGAGUUCGAUUCAAGAGCUUUUCAUUUUGACUUGGAGCAUGGCCAAAGAAGCGAUUGCACCUGCUGUUGUUAUGAAUUUGUGUUUCCGCAUCUUGAUUUUUUAUUCUGCCACCAGAAUAAUACCGGCGUUGCAGAAAAAGCAUAAACGGAGGUCGCGCCGAUUCAUGCGACUGUUGUAUUUAUACAGCCCUUGCAUCGUCAUUGCCAUGUACACUCAUCUCAUUUUGCAGUAUUCUGGUCUAAUGAACAACGAUCUAUGUUUGUGGGGAUGCUUUCCAUGGUCUCAUGAAAGUAGUUCAAAGGUUUUAGCCGAUUCAUGGGGCUUCUGGAAUUGGUGCAAUAUUUUCUGCACAAUGGCGAUAUACGCCUCGGAGCUCUGGGACAAAAGUUAA